UUCACGGCGCCGACUCAGUACGAACCAUCGCUAAUAUUGAAACAUUUCAAAUCGAAGCCCUGGUGCAUACCUCAUACUUCAAAUCUAAACAGUGACAACCAGGCACGGACGUUGUCACAGAUAGGGCAUGGGGAUGUUAGGAGGCUAUAAAAGCCUUCUAGCGCUAUGUGUAGGAUUUAUAAUCCUAGAAUGCACGACUUCACAAAGAAUUCUACCCGACUGGCCGAAAAUCGGUGACAGAAUAACACAACCAUUCCUUGACCAACUGAUGGUCAGUCAGUUGUUAGAGCAGAAUCUWACACUCGGAUUCUUCUUGAAAGGCCUAAACGGUCCUCCGGGCCCACCAGGUGCUCCCGGUCCUCCAGGAGAGGCUGGGCCGGCAGGUAUUGCUGGACCACCCGGUCCUCCAGGACAUGUGGGUGAAGAUGGUGCUCCUGGCGCUCCUGGUGCCCCYGGACCUCCAGGAUCAGCUGGUGCUCCCGGUCUUCCUGGUGAGAAAGGAGAUAUUGGUGAGACUGGUGCUCCUGGUGCGGCUGGUCUACCCGGUGCUCCAGGUCUUCCAGGUCCUCAAGGUCUACCCGGAGAUACGGGUUCAACGCCUGUCAUGCCGAACUUUACAGUUAUCUGCGAAGGAGAAAAGGGUUGGUUGCAAUGUAAACAAUACGAGCUUAUCAAGGUUACAAAAGCCUUCUGGGGUCGUGACGAUCACGUUACCUGUCCAAAGUUAGCAGCUGGUCUUACUAAAGACAGACUCUGCGAAGCCAACACUGAAAAUACACUUCAAAAGAUCAAUGGCCAAUGUAAGAACGAACAAGCGUGCGAAGUCGUCGCUUCAAAUAUUUUCUUCGAUGAUAACACGUGUGGUAAUGUGUACAAGUACUUAAAGCUUUGGUAUGAAUGUAUGCCUGACGAAGCGAAUGCAGUUGAUGUUUUGAAAGACGGGGGAAAGCGACGACGAAGGAAGCGAAAGCGUGCGACAAAGGACAAACGAUCCGCAACAGAAUAAAUGAAGACUUUAGUUCAUUUAAUGAAUUGUAGUCACUUUAUGACGCACUCUCGAAUUUUGAGUUUGCAAUCCCACCAAUAGCGCUUACUUUGUUGAGCUCAGUAAAGUGUACUUGACCAUAUGCUAUGGGAUACAAAUACACUUUGUCAAUAUGUAUGUAUAUUGGACUUUUCAACUUUAAUUUGAUACGGAUGUAUUAGUAAUUAAUACUCUAAGUAUACGAGUCCCUCGUUCAUUGGGGAUUAACCUGAUUUAGGUGUGAGCGUGUGACAUAGGCUAGUAGGAACUCGGCCGGUUAUCAAUCGUUAGUUUUGUUAAGCACUGUAUAAUAUAACGGGUUGAGCUGAGGAAUUAUGUAUAGAUAUUCAUGCCAAUGUAUUUUGGAGAGUCGGUGAGUUUGUGCUGAAAUAAAAUAACACUAAUUAAGUUCCUUACAUAAUUGUCUUUGUUAAAUACUGUACCGUGUAUGGUCCCGGGCCGUUAUAACGAUGCUCUAAUCCCGUAUGUUUAUAGAUAAGAGGGUCAUGGGUGCGUCAUUUGUUUUUAAUCAGUUCCAUCUGUAAUAACACUUGUAAUAAUACCGACAAAACAUAGUAAACUAUUAACUUAAAUCCUGG